UCUGAACAAAUUGUGUUUGUUUAGCUCUCAAAGUGGAGAUUUUGCAGCGAUAAGACUCUCUUAACAUUAUCAUUAUCACCAGCAAUGGAAGGGAAGGGCUUAAUCAAAGGAAAGAAGGUGACAAUGAAAAGGAACGGCUUAAUCAAAGGAAAGAAAGACACUAAGGAUGUUACCAAAGUUAGUGUGCCAACGAGAAAAACGCUCAAUAGUUUGCCAGUUUCAACUAUCUUGCGAGUACGACGUGAGCAUCCAAAUGUUGUUAUUGGAGAUCAGGUUGCUGGAAGUACAUCUGAUAAUGCAGAUAAACAGGAAUUGAUGCUAGUGGAAGUGACACGAUCUGACAAGGAAGCAAAUAAGUAUGAGGUAACUGAGGAAGAGCCUGGUGAUGAUAGAGAGGAUGGUCCCAGAGUCAAAAUCGAAGGAAAGAAAGAUACUAAAGAUGUUAAAAAAGCAGUUACUGUGCGAACGAGAAUACGGCCACCAAGAGUUCCCGGAGAACUAAGGAAAUCAACUAUAUUGCGAUUACGACAUGAGCAUCCAGAUGUUGUUAUUGGAGAUCAGGUGGCUGGAAGAGUUACUUCUGAUAAUGCAGAUAAACAGGAAUGGAUGGUAGUGAAAGUGACACGUUUUGACAAGGAAGCAAAUAAGUAUGUAGAAUGUUUUUUUUGGUAUGAGGUAACUGACGGAGAGCCUGGUGAUGAUAAAGAAGAUGGUCCCGGGUAUUACUGUUAUCGGAAUCAUAUUUGCAUUUCCUGUUUCCAGUACAUCAACAUUUUCCAGCUGUUCUACCUGAAGUACAAAUUGCCACCCUCAUGUGUUAUAUCAUUCCCAAAACGCACUGUCUCUUCUAAGACAGCAUGCUUUCCAACUGGUAGCCAAGUCCUUGCAGUAUAUCCUGGAACUGCUUCACUUUAUACAGCAACUAUAGUUGGUUCCCACCGCAAGAGGACAAGUAUCAACUAUCUGCUUGAGUUCGAUGAUGACGAAGAAGAUGGAGUUGAUGGCCUUCCAGAAAGGACUGUUCCAUUCUUUCAUGUUGUACAGCUUCCUGAUGGGCACUGCCAGUGAUGCACAUCAUGAAGAAGUAUGCUCACUGUAAUGUGUGUUAUUUAAUAAGAAUAUAUGUUAAAAUCUAACUGUUAAGGCUGAACAAUCUUUGCCCUGGGACCAUUUAAAGUGGAAUUUCAAUAGUUUGUAGGCUUACCAUAGUUCAUGCCUUCUCGUUUUGUGGAGUCCCUUGGUUUUUACAUAUAACCUUAAGUUCUCAAUUGCCAUGGGACCCCAGCAUAUAACAUUGGUUUCCUUUUCUUCUCUAUUUCAAGUAUUGAACAAGCCUUUGGCAAACAUUAAA